ACGUAAAGCUAAUUCAAGUGUUUUGAUUAAUUGUGAAUUUGUCCCUUUUUUACGAUUUUAAACCCGCCUGUAAGGGUCAAAGUAGCUCCUGAAAGACAAUACGUGGGGAAAAUAAAAACCCACGGACACAACUCGAUCAACCCGGAAAAGAAAAGCGGAAGAGUUAGCUAAAAAAUACAAAACAUUUGGAAACAAAUCUUUAAAACUGCUGAAAGCGCGUGAUUAAGUGAGCAGUGGUUAAAAUGUAACAUUUAUGAGUGUUUAAAUACGACGGACGUGCAUUUAAAAGACCCCUCAGUUUUAAAAGAAGAGGAGACUGAAAGUAAUGACAAGAAAGUACUUUUUAGUCCACUAUUAUGAUUUUUGAAGACUUUUCUUUCAUUUUGUGCCUAAAUCAGCUUGAGGUCUUGCCAUAGCAGUGAGUCUGUUUACUUCAAAUCUGGAUUUCUGGCCAAUCCAGUAACAUGUCCUGAUCCCAGUGUUUUGGCUUUUGUUACUGGUAACAAUGGUCAGAAUAGCUUGGUAUCAAGAGAAGAUCGGUGCCUACGAUCAGCAAGUCUGGGAGAAAUCACUGGAGACAGCGGAACUAGUUGGUUUGGAGAGCAAGCCGAAGAAGACCGGUUACAUCAAACCAGAUCUCAUCGAUGUUGACUUAGUAAGAGGCUCAACCUUCAGCAAAGCCAAACCAGAGAGUCCGUGGACAGCUCAGACUCGUAAAGGUCUGGUCCGAGUUCUGCUGUAUCCGUUCUUCUUUCAGUGGUGGAUUCGGGUGACAUCCAAGUCCAUCUCCACAUGUAUCCUCGUGCUUUAUUUCUUACAAGUGGCAGCAGUGGCGCUGUACCUGGAGGUCCCCCGGGCGAGUGCCAGCGAGGCGUUCGGGCCCAUGUGUCUCAUGCUGCUGCUGGGCACCGUGCACUGCCAGAUUGUUUCGACUGAGUCCAGCCGUUGGCCCUCGGGCAGUCCAGCUGCUAGCAGCAGCACCAGCCCUGCACGCCGGAGGAGGCCGAGGAAGGGCAGAGGGUUGAAAAAAUCYGAAGAAAAGAGUGACAGCGGGAACACGGAGCUGCAGGGCCUCUGGCAGUUUGAAGAUAGCCAGAGAUUAUUCAGAAGCGAGGAGAGGAGGAGUAAGCUUAACUCUGGAUUUGGGGCAUCUGAUGAGCUCUCCAGUGAGGAAGAGGAGGAUGAACGAUCAGUAGAAGUAAUUCGRCCAAAGCAACGUCACAAGGUUCACUUGGCUAGUCCAGAGUCAGUGCCUGCUUCGUCUUCUGUUAGGAAGAGGAUUAGAAAAUCCAGCCCUAAACCAACCCCAAGACCUCAGGAGGAGAACGUGGCUCCUGGGAAAGGGAAGCCUCGCGAGGUGGACCGUCUCAGGCCGGGCUCUCAUCCUGCCUCGGACACGGACGACACAAUGUGGGAGGAGCUCCUCCAGGAGCCCGACUCCGCCUCCACAGGGAGCAGCGACAGCGACAGUAACGGGAGGUACAGCGCUGGGCUGAACCUCCAGCAGAACACUCUGAGCAGCGGCGACGAAAGCCUGCCACAAGGAGCGAGCAAUAGCCAGCUAACCUGGCUCCAGGCAUGUCACCCCUCCAAGGACCGUGUUAGUGCCAUAAUAUGGGAGAACGGAGAGUGCAAGAAAGCAGACGUAUCAGUUCUGGAGAUCAGCGGGAUCAUCCUCUCACGGGUGAAGUUAGUGGAGCAGGGUAUCGGGUACCUUGUCUUCAGUGGCCUCAUGACCGCCACCCUGGCACUGCUUCCCUUCGCCUUCCGCCUGGCUCRGCGUUUGGACAUGUCGAGCCUUACCUCCCUGCCUCUCGUGCAGCUGGUUGAAAUCGCGGUGGGGCCGACGGACGCCCGAGCGUAUGCCUUUUUCCUCAUCACAACAGUUCAAAGAGUCUGCCUCACAGGGCUCUUCUUUUUCAUGAUGUGUGUGGCUGAGAGGACCUACAGACAGAGACUCCUAUUUGCCAAAUACUUCAGCCACCUCACAUCAGCUCGUAAGGCCAAGAAAUCUGAGGUCCCUCACUUCAGACUGAAGAAAGUGAAAAACAUAAAGAUGUGGUUGUCACUACGCUCUUUCCUCAGGAGGCGAGGCCCGCAGCGUUCCGUGGAUGUCAUCGUCUCCACAAUCUUCCUCUUAGCACUUUCCAUUUCUUUCAUCAUCUGUUCCCAGCUUCUGCACAACCACCAGACGUUUCUGGAGUCUCUGAUCAACUGGGAGCUGGUGGUGUGGUGCUCUUCCCUGCUCCUCUUCCUGCUGCGACUCGCCACUCUGGGCUCGGAGACCAACUCCAAGUACAGCAACUCCUCGGUGCUGCUGACUGAGCAGAUCAACUUGUAUCUGAAGAUGGAGAAGAAGCCUUGUAAGAAAGAACAGCUCAAUAUUGUGAACAACGUAUUAAAACUGGCUACAAAGCUGAUGAAGGAGUUGGAUACCCCCUUCAGACUGCUGGGUCUGACCGUGAACCCCCUGAUCUACAACAUCACAAAGGUUGUUAUCCUGUCGGCUGUUUCUGCAGUGAUCAGUGAAAUGCUCGGCUUCAACAUCAGACUGUGGAAAAUCAAACCCUAACGUAAAGAAGACAACAAGCCACCAACAGCUGGACGCUGGGAUCCAAAAACACUCUGCUCUGUCCAAAGGUUACCACCUGAUGGCCAAAGGAAAUGCAUGUCCAAACACAGGUUGUUUUUUUAAGAGAACUGUUUAAAUUUAAAUAGUAUUUAAUAUUAAUGAUAUUAACACACACGGCCCCCUACUGAGGCAUCCCACMCCCCUGCUGCAGACGCUCCUCUCAAGCACAACGCGUGCACAAACCUACUGACAGUUAACGUGCUGACUGUGCCUUCUUGAUAGAAACCAGAGAUGCUCCGACAAUCACCCACGCACCGUUUCUGGCUGCUCGGCUGAUGUGGGGGGUGGUGUUCAGUGUUUCCACCCGCUCUGCCACAGGGGCUGUGCCUGACCUCUGACCCCUGAAUGUUCCUCUGUGAGCGGUUCAAUAAACUGACGCGUGAGCUCAUUUCAAACUUCUGUGGAAUCUAGAUUUAAAUAUUUCGCUUGUAUAGGUGUGCUUUAACAGUGUGUAAAUAUUUUGGGAAAUUUGAUUUUUUUUAAUGAAUGAAAUGUAAAAAAUCAAGAUGUAUUAAAUAACUUUUGAUAGACUUCUUAAGCUUUUGUAUAUUUAAGGGGAAUCUUAAUUGUUUGUGCUUUAUUUAUUCUUACCUCUGGUUAUGCUCUUAAUCGGAUUACAUUCCUCCUUUCCUCAAUUCCACCUAUCUGUAUGGAGGACCACCAGUAAUACAUGUUUAAAGCAAAUGAGAGAGAAAUUGUUUGAGAAAAUGGAAUAAAGUGUGUUUUUUUCCA